UCUAGAAUGUAAAAAUAAUGUGAUAACAAGUUAUUUAUAUAUCGCCAAAGCUAACAUAAACAAAACUUGUGUGAUAAUUUUCUCGUAUAUCGUUUAUUCAGUUAAGAACUUAGCAUGUCGCUAAGAAGUAUAUUGCAAAGGUCUUUGAAAAAGAAUGUUUUUGUGGUAUCAGCCCAAGGCAGGCUAUUUAGUUAUGACAGAGGUGAGCAGACAAGGAAUGGAGAUGGAAAAGAGAUACGCACCAAGCAUAUAGCUGCUGUUUUGUUUGGCUCGGUACUGGUUGGAGCUGCUAUUAAAGAAAAAUUUCUGAGCACACAGAAAUCUAACAAAACGUCAGCAAUUGUCAACAAUGAGGAUGACUUCAUAGCUGGAGACAAGAAACCAGGUCUGCCGGUCUACCGAGCUGAGGAAGUCCAGCAACAUGACAACAAGAAGAGUUUCUGGGUGACGUACCGGCAUGGCGUUUAUGACGUCACUAAUUUCGUGACGUCACAUCCUGGCGGAGAACAGAUUUACAACGCGGCCGGUCAUAGCGUAGAGCCAUUCUGGAAUGUCUACGGGAUGCACAAGACUAAGGAGGUUUAUGAGCUAUUGGAGACAUAUAGGAUAGGAAAUCUCCACGACGAAGAUAUAGUAGACCACAGUGAUGAAGAACUAUGGGUCAAGGAGCCUUACAGAGACCGUCGGCUGAUCGUGAAGACGGCGAAACCCUUCAACGCUGAAAUACCGCCGAAAUACCAGGUGGAACACUUUGAUACUCCCAAUGAAUUAUUCUACGUUCGCCAACACAUGCCCGUGCCCGAACUUACAGAAGACCACACCCUCCGCGUCAUCGUCCAGGGUCCGAAGACCAGCGAGCAGCGGUUCUCCCUCGCGGACCUGGACCGGUUUCCGAGGCAUACCCUCAGAGCGGCGCUCAUGUGCGCUGGCAACCGGAGGAGUGAGAUGAACCAGCAGGUGAAGCCGGUGAAGGGCAUCAGCUGGGCCGGGGGAGCCAUCAGCAACGCUGUGUGGAGCGGAGUCCUGCUCAGGGAUGUGCUGAUACACUGCGGGGUGGACCUGACUCUCACUGGCGGCAAGCAUGUCAUUUUCACAGGCGCUGACAUGGACGCGACUGGUGUUAACUUCAGCACUUCUAUCCCGCUGAGUCUAGCCGCUGACCCUGGGGCGAGGGUGCUGCUGGCCACUCACAUGAACGGCGCGCCACUCCCCCCCGACCACGGGCGUCCGCUCAGAGUGAUAGUUCCUGGCGCUCCAGCCGUUAGGAGUGUAAAAUGGCUAGAAUCGAUAACGAUAGGCGAAGACGAGAGCCCGUCACACUGGCAUCAGAAAGACUAUCGCGCGUUCAACCCUUCCAAGACUUGGGACACGGCUGACUUCAGCACUGCGCCACCUGUGUACAGUUUGCCGGUCACUUCGGCCAUUUGUGACCCGCAAAAUGGCGAUACUGUUGAAGUUGUUGAUGGUUGUAUACAACUCAGAGGAUACGCAUACUCCGGUGGCGGUGCUAAAAUUUUGAGGGUAGAUGUGACGACAGACCGCGGUGAGCACUGGCUGGAGGCGCGGCCGGCCGCCGCCGACGCCGCGCCGCCGCGCCAGCACUACGCCUGGACGCUGUGGACCGCACGCGUACCCGUGGAGGCCCACCAGCACGAGGUGGAAAUAUGGGUAAAAGCGACUGACAGUAACUUUAACACGCAGCCAGAGAAAUUCGAAGACAUCUGGAACAUUCGAGGUAUUCUCAGUAACGCGUACCAUAAGAUCAAGGUUAAACUAAAACAUUAAUUGUUAAAUGGAUAUAAGGCUAAAGAUCUGAAAGGUUGUGUUUAAAAAUGUUCAUUCGUCAUUGAAGAAACAGUGGCGACAUCUACUUAAAAGAAAGCUAACUAACUUUACCAAUAGAUGGCGCUAUUAAUAAACCUGCAAACUACAUCGCGAUAUCAGUUUCAUUAUUAUAAUUAGUAAUCAUAACGUGACUUUUAGAAUCAAUAAAUAUGCUUUUCAUAUUUUAAAGGUAGAUUUGUAAUAGUUGAGAAUGCAGAAUUCAUAUAAUGUUGUAACCUUUUCAUAAUAAGAGAUCUAUUUCGAACACUUAAUUAUUAGGACUCAGUAGGUAGGUAUAUAAUAUUGUUUUAUGGCCAAGCCAAAGCAAAUGUUCGUUAUUUUUCAUUAGGCAAGUAACUUAUUAAGUAGAAAUCGGAUAUUCCAAAGUUUUGAUUGAAUAAAAACAAGAACCACUCCCCGUAGCAUGGCACGCGAGAUGCCGUUUUUAUCGCGCGAAAAACUAUCUCUGUUAAUUUUAGUACUAUACCAUCUUUUUUGUUGCAAAGUAUUCUGUAUAUAAGUAGUUAAACUGUAGACAAAAUGAAUUGAAAAAUGUCGGUAAUGUAAUGUUUUUAAAAAUUUAUAAACAUCUUGGUCAAAUCAGAACGAACAGUUUCAUUACAUGAUAUUGUUUAAACGAUGUCCGAUAUCUUAUAAAAGUUAUUUUACUUAUUUGUUGCUCCACUUUUGCAAUAAUAUGAAGUAGAAUUAGUAGUAAAGUACAAUAGUUCUUAUUUGUU